AUGGCGUCGUCCAUUUACAUUGAUGAAGACGUUGGCCGCGAUGACGACACCGCCAUUGGAACCGAGACAGCGCCAUAUAAAUCUUUGCUGCACGCCAUGAUCAAACAUGCCUCCGAUGGAGCUGCAUUUCAAACUCGAAAAUCCGAGGCUGGCCCAGUUGACGCCAACGGCGAUCCAGCGUCCCGUCUAGAAUGGAAACCGGCCUCGAAAUCCGCUUUGAAAAAGGCCACCAAUAUGUACGAACAGCAUAAACGAAAACAACUCAAAGCCUCUGAAAUUGCCUUUCGAGAAAGUGCCGAGACUGCCAAACGCCAGCAAGUCCUUGAAGAGGCCAAAAAGGUUGUGCUUCAGGAAGACAAAAGCCUACCUGCACCCCUUCAAAUUCGUCUCGACGAUGUGGACUCUGCCAAGAUCAAAUUGGGUUCUGCUGACUCUCCAGGAACUCGCGUUCAAAUCCGUGGUUAUGUCCACCAUCUGAGAUCCCAGAAGGAUGUCAUUUUCAUCACUCUCAAAGACGGCUAUGGCCUCAUGCAGGUUGUCUUCACCGGUGACUUAAUCAGGACCUACGCCGCCAUGACCUUGACCCUCGAAACGUCCAUGGAGAUCCGCGGCGAGCUGAAGGCCCUUCCACCCAAAGCACACGCCCCGCUCGAUCGUGAGCUACAUGCCGACUUCUUCACCGUCAUCGGUGCCGCAGUGGGCGACAAGGAAGCCAUCACCAACAAGGUCCAGCAGGACGGUGACGCCCAGACCCUCCUUGACAACCGUCAUCUUGUGCUGCGAGGCGACAAUGCUUCUGCCGUCAUGAUAGUACGGGACGCCGUAGACUUCGCAUUCCGCACCACAUUCCGUGAGCUCCGCAUGAGAUCCGUCACACCUCCAGCCAUGGUACAGACCCAGGUUGAGGGAGGGGCAACGCUUUUCGAAUUCGGCUACUACGGCGAAAAGGCAUAUUUGACGCAAUCAUCUCAACUCUACCUCGAAACCUGCCUCGCCUCCCUUGGCGACGUCUACACCAUCUCCCCAUCCUUCCGCGCCGAGAAAUCACUCACCCGCCGCCACUUGUCCGAAUACACCCACAUCGAAGGAGAACUCAACUUCAUCAACUUCGACCAGCUCCUUGCGCACCUGGAGCACGUCAUCUGCCGAGUCAUCGACCUAACACUCGCCGACCCCAUCAUCGCGGCACACAUCAAAUCGCUCAACCCAGACUUCAAGCCUCCCUCGCGCCCAUUCCGCCGCAUGCGCUACGCAGACGCGAUCGACUGGCUCGUGGAGCACGAGAUCCUCAACGAAGAAGGACAACCGCACUCUUUCGGCGACGACAUUGCGGAAGCCGCAGAGCGCAAAAUGACGGAUGAACUCAAUGUGCCGAUCUUCCUGACACACUUCCCGGUCGAGCUCAAGUCGUUCUACAUGUUCAAGGACCCCAGCGACCCUCGCGUCACCGAGAGCGUCGAUUGCCUCAUGCCCGGCGUCGGCGAGAUCGUCGGCGGCAGCAUGCGUAUCUACGACUACGACGAGCUCAUGGCUGGCUAUGCCCGCGAGGGUAUUGACCCUGCGCCCUACUACUGGUACACCGACCAGAGACGCUAUGGCGCCACGCCCCACGGCGGCUAUGGUCUGGGUCUCGAACGCUUCCUCGCGUGGAUGUGCGGUCGCUGGACUGUCAGAGAGUGUACUCUAUACCCCCGCUUCGCGUACAGAUGCACUCCAUGA